UUCCCCUGGCUAGCUUAGAUAAUAGUAGGGACCCUGCGCGGGGUGGCUGGAGGCGCUGCAGCCCUGCCCGCGGCUGCGGAGCCAAUGGCAGGAGCAGGGGCGGGGCGCGGCGGCCGCAGCUAAUCGCCCAGUGCUGGGAAAGCACUGUAGCUCGGAGCCGCCGAGAGGUCUGGGCGCCCGGAGCCCCUCGCGCCAGCAUCCAUCCCGCGCCUGCAUCCCUCCGCACCGCAUCCUCCGGGCUCGGCGGAGAAGCCUGAUGAAGUCCUCCGACAUCGAUCAGGAUUUAUUCACAGACAGUUACUGCAAGGUGUGCAGUGCACAGCUGAUAUCUGAGUCUCAGCGUGUGGCCCACUACGAGAGCCGGAAACAUGCAAGCAAAGUCAGGCUGUAUUACAUGCUUCACCCGAGGGAUGGUGGGUGCCCAGCUAAGAGGCUUCGUUCAGAAAAUGGAAAUGAUGCUGAUAUGGUGGAUAAAAACAAGUGCUGCACACUGUGUAACAUGUCUUUUACCUCAGCUGUGGUGGCUGACUCACAUUAUCAAGGCAAAAUCCAUGCGAAAAGGUUAAAGCUGCUGCUAGGAGAGAAAACCCCAUUGAAGACCACAGCUCCACCCCUGAGUUCCCUGAAGCCUGCCAGGGCGGACACUGCAACCGUGGCCACUUCCCCCUAUCAAAGAAGAGAUUCAGACAGAUACUGUGGGCUCUGUGCAGCUUGGUUUAAUAAUCCCCUGAUGGCUCAGCAACAUUAUGAUGGCAAGAAGCACAAAAAGAAUGCAGCAAGAGUCGCAUUAUUAGAGCAACUUGGCACCACUUUGGAUAUGGCUGAACUAAGAGGUCUGAGACGCAAUUACAGAUGUGCUAUCUGCAGUGUCUCUCUGAACUCCAUAGAGCAGUACCAUGCCCACCUGAAAGGGUCCAAGCACCAGGCCAACCUGAAGAAUAAGUAGUGAAGCAUCAAUCAAGAUGUAAGAAAAAUUUCAGGAUUUCUCUGCCAUGGAGAUUUGCUUAUCAUCCGAGGAGGCUUCUUUCUUGAACAAUGAACAUUUCUUAUGAGGAUUCACAAAUUAACAUAUGACUAAUUUUAGUUUUGGAGAGCAACUGAAGUUUCUUUUUUUAAUUUUGUGGUAAGUUAAGACUUUGAAUGAAUUUUUUUUAUUCUUCAUGACAAUAUAUUUAGCACACAUCUUAAAUUAUAAUCCUAUAGCGAACAGUAGGAAUAUCAUUGAAACAGUGGAAAAUCUUCAUUUAUAAUUUAUUUAAGACUUCUUCAAGAAUAACUAUUCUAUAAAAUCUUUGAUGAUUGUGAUGUAAAACAUCUCCAUUGGAUUUUUUUUCCGCAUUGAAUGUGAAUUAUGGUAGCAAUAUACAGAGCAGAACAAAUCACUAUUCAUGGAAAAUGGACAUAAAUGCCAACCUUUCUCAUUGCACUUCUAAAUGUGAGCCAGGUCUGCCAUCCGAAGAAUGAGAAUGAGUAGGGUAAAUAAAGACUCCACAUCUGUAUUUUUUUUCUGAUCAUUCAAAGAGCAAUUUCUCAAGGUUAAGCCAAGUUCUCAUUGCAAGCUGCCAAAAUAAUAGCUUAGGAAAAGAAUUAAGUUUGCCUGCAUGGUGAUCUUCCUAGGCAAAAAUGUUUUAAUAGCUGUUGACCUUGACGAAAUGUUUUCCCAACGGUAUCAAAAAGGAAAAAAAAAACUAUAAACUUCAGAAUGCGAUGGAAAUUAAUUUCAAUGAAUUUGGCCUAAAUAGUGAGCUGGUAUGUGGAAUACUGAGGGUUUGGAAUGCAGUGGAAUGUUUUAAACAAAUGCCAUCCUCGGAUACGGUGAGAUUGCCUGUUUCCUUGCUUUCACACUGAAGUCCUCUGGCUGCGGCAACAACACUCAGUCACUUUAGAGAUGACACCAGUGACCAGCAGCUGCCCAGAAGAACCGCACUGACCAGGAAAGCCUCUAAGUAUAACUUUCAAAGUUCCUUGUCUCAGUUUCGUCCUUUUUCAUCAUGUCUGAAUUUGGUGUUUUGCGGGCAGACUACAAAGCAAGAUUAUUUACCUUCUAUUUAUGAUGCUUCUAAGUACCCAUCUGGUGUCUGGCUGGGAUCCCCUUUGGAUAUUGUGACUAUGGUAAUUGAUUUCCUAGUGGCAGAGUUUUCUGGACCUCCAUUGUUUUUCCACACAGAGCUGAGGCGGUUACAACUCAGUGAGCAAUAAAUGAAACAACUUUGAAGUGCACAGUGUUCCUAAGGUGUUUGAGGUUUGGCACC